UCAGGCGAGGUGCAGCUCGUGUCUCAUGGGAUCUUUGAGUCCAUCUGUGUCGUGGACACCCAGUACUAUCCGUUCGAUCAACAAAUUUGUAAACUACACUUCGCCUCUUGGACCUACGACAUGAAGCAGAUCCAACUAGUCCCAGGUCCAGCCGAUUUGUCAAAGUAUAAUUCCAACCCAGAGUUUUUCCUGGAGAAUUUUAAAGUUGAGCUACGUGAGGUUCACAACCCUUGCUGCAAGAAUAUGAUUCCAACUCUGACCUACACGGUACAGUUGCAGAGGCGCACGGUCUUCUCCCUCUUCUUCUUCAUCAUGCCAGGAAUUCUGAUCAAUAUUUGUGCCUUGAUGGUGUUCUGGCUUCCUGCUGAUAGCGGAGAGAAGGUAGGCCUUGGCAUCAAUGCCCUCUUGGCCAUGAUAGUGUUCUUGAUGGCUAUGACAGAGAAUCUCCCGCCAACAGAAAAACUCCCUCUGGCAGGUGUUUACUAUGGCAGUUGUAUUUCCCUGAUCGCCGCAAACAUUACUGCCACUGUGUUCGUCCUCAGUGUGAACGGGAUGGGCUUAAAAGGAUACCACGUUCCAGAAUGGAUCCAGCUUCUUACUCUCUUUGUGGCGAAGAUCAUUUUUAUCCAAAUUCCCUUCAUGAUUGAAGAAACUUGGGAAUUAGACGACAAGAACCCCCCACCUGCUAACAUUGACGAAAUGCCCGAAACCCCUGUGGAAGUGUUCACCUUGGACCAAGAUGGCUUCAAUCCACCAAAUUACGACCCUCCUCCUAAUAAAGAGAAGAAUUCGAAAAAAGAAGCCAAAGGUUCUCGGAUAAAGGUGCAGCCUUUUCAGAGACAAGAGGAGGAAGAAGAAAAAUUCAACUACAAUACCCUCAAAGAUCCAUUUCAAAGACGAGCGCUUAAAGCCUUGGAGUCCUUAUAUAAGAUGAUGAGAGACGACGACAAGGUAUCAGCAAAGAAACACCUCAGAUCCAGGUUGGUUGAUGAGUGGCAGUUUAUCGCUCGCGUCCUGGACAAGGCAUUCUUCGUCGUCUUCACCACUGUUUGCUUCCUCUUCAACAUCUUCAUUCUAACCUCCUCUCCCUUCAGAGAAAGGUUCGAUUACUGCCCUCUUGAGGGAGAAGGUGCCUGUGAUGAAAUGACGUUCGAGGAGAUCAAGCAGCUGACUGUUGAAAUGGCCGCCAAUUACCAUAUUACAUUACCUGGAGGAGGAGGAGCAGCAGGUGGAGGCGGGCACUAGCAUGUCAUACCAUCUUUGGGAAGUCGUCCCUGUCAUAUUCUCUGUAGCAGGAAACUGCAGUAAUGAAAAAUAUGAGAAUAUGAUUGGAGAUCAUAUGCUAACAGCUUCUCUUGUACAUCUUUCAUGUAAGAUGUACUUCCCGUAGUUUACCUUACACAGUACACUUGAGGUUAUAGUUUAUCAACCUUUGCUCUGUAAUUGCCCCAAGUACUCAGAUAAUUGACCUGACACUGAGGAUAUAAAUGGUACAAAUAGAAACUCAUCCCCUGUAAGAUGGUACUAUAAUCGGUAUAGUAAAUGAGCUAAUACUGACAAAUUUAUAUUGCAUAUAAUAAUUAAAUUUUUAAACACUGUAUGUACAUCAGGGGUUCCCGACCUUUUUGUUCUUCUGUACCCCAUGGACAUUCUUAAUGAUUCCCGUGUACCCCUUAAAAAUGAAUGAAAUUGGUAUUGUGAUAUAAUUUUAUUAUAAAAGUUUUGUGUAGACUGCAUAAGAAUAUUGAUGGUAAUAACUUCAAUAUACUAAAUAGGUAACUUGUGAAAUAUUGUGAUGCAUCACUUUCAUAUCUUUUAUUUGUGAUUAUCCAUAAUAUCAAUAAACUAAGCACAUAAGCCUCACUAAAUUCAUAAUUUCAAGUAUUAUGAAGCAACAAUUCUUUUCAGUCUCGGUACGGAUACAGAUUACAACCACAGAAAGUUCCAUACUAGUGAAAAACAAAUGGUAUUCACCCCACUCAUGAUAUAACUUGAGUAAAGGUUUUGCUUACUAAAACGAAACAAAACAAAAAGAAAACAGACACGACAUUGUGCAAUCCCAAUGCACAUUACAUCAUAAAUUGCGCAGUGCUGGCUAUUCUCUCAGAU